GCCGGUGUAACACAAGGUUAAAAGUGUCUUUUCGAACGUGGUGUUAAUGCUUAAACCCAAACUUCAUCUAAACUAAAAAAAAUUGGGUCAAAAAAACACUUUACCCUUAAGAACAGAACACAACAGUUUCGUGUUUCAACCUCUCCUUCGAAUCAGAAGCUUGUUUCAUGGAUAAUGGUACUCCUAAGAAAUUAAAUAUCUUACCUGAUCACUUUACUGUUCCUAACCAAACCACGGAAGCUGCUCAAGAGGACUCUCCUUCUUCUCCAUCAUCUUCUCACCCCAAAGACGACGAUAACAUUUCUUCAAGUAGGUCUCAUAGUCAAAGCCAGUCCAGUACUCGCAGGAAACUGAAAAGAGCAGCACAUAUGCUGAAUCUCUUCUCUCUUCGCCGUCUUCCUUGGGUUUCUGAUGGUCAAGACAAGGUAGAGCUAUCAGCAGCAGAGUUAGAGUCACUUAGAUCAGAACUAUCUGAGUUAGAAGAAAGAGAAUCUUACCUCAAAGCACAGCUUGAACAUGUGGAUGAAGUCCUGCGCUCUGCUCGUUUAUCUGGCUAUCUCUUUAUCCGUAGUCGUUGGGAAGCUCUCCCUGGUGAACCACCUCCGCUUGACGAUGCAGAAGUAGAUGACUGGCUCCCUAGAUUCGUCGUCCUUCAAGGACCUUGUCUCUUCUUCUACUUAUUAUCAACUGAUUUGAGCCCUCAAGACUCAACAUUGCUAGCGGAUAUCGUUGAAGUUGGUUCGUUGCCAAGCUACACGAGAGAGUUCGAUGAAACUCAUCACUGCUUUUAUAUCUUAACCCGUCAAGGUCUAAGGUUUGAGUGCUCAAGCACUUCUAAAACACAGGUGGAUUCGUGGUUGUCGGUAUUGCGACAUGAUUGUAGGUUUGUGCCAGAAGAAAGGUUACCAGAUGGAUCAAGCGAAACUGCUGGAGUGGAUUGAAGAUAGUUUUCAUUUUUUCUAUGUAUAUAAUAUGCUUCUUUUAAGAUAGUUAGAAUUCACGUCAUUGAAAAAUUCUUUUACUGAACUGGUGAUUAUAAACAUCAUGUGGCUUUGUUGUGGAGUUACUGAACUUUUAGGUGGACUCUCGGUUUGCAAUCAUGAAAGAGUAAAGAAAGAGUAACAACAA